AUGGAGAAUGCUAGUGCCAUUACUUUGAGAAGUGGUAGACAACUUGAGAAGACUCACAAGAAGCCAAAUGAUGAGAAAGAAGUUGGAGAUGAGUUUGCCAUAUCAAAGAAGGAGGAACAUGAGCAAGAAAUUUUAUACACUUUUAGAAAAGUACAUGUCAACAUUCCUUUGUUGGAUGCAAUAAAGCAAGUGUUGCAUUAUGCGAAAUCUCUUAAAGAAUUGUGUACCAGCAAGAGAAAACUUAGGGGAAACGAGGUGGUGAGUGUGGGAGAAAAUGUCUUAGCAGUUUUGCAAAGGAAGCUUCCAACAAAGGGCAAAGAUCCGGGUAGUUUCACCAUACCAUGCAUCAUAGGCAACAUAAGGUUUGAGAAAGCAAUGUUAGACUUAGGUGCUUCUAUUAAUGUCAUGCCUUACUCAAUUUAUCUUGAUUUAAAUCUUGGUACUCUUAAAUCGACCAGCGUAGUUAUUAAACUCGCUGAUCGAUCUAAUGCCUAUCCAAAAGGAGUUAUGGAAGAUGUUUUGGUGCAGGUAAACGAGCUUGUUUUUCCAAUGGAUUUCUAUGUGCUUGACAUGAAAGAUGAAACAACUGUGAAAACUAUGCCAUUGCUUUUAGGGAGACCAUUCAUGAAAACAGCCCUUACGAAAAUAGAUGUGCAUAAUGGGACGUUGACAAUAGAGUUUGAUAAGGAACAAAUGUUCGAGCUUAAGGGUAAAGAUCCAUUGGAAGUGGCAAUAUGGAAUGGGCUGUCAACCGAGGAACCUCAAAGUUUUAACGAAGACGUGGAGUUAGGAGAAGAGCUAAAUGAAACUAUAGGAAUGUUGGAUGAGCUUCCAAAGAAAAAUCCAAGGUAUUUGCUUACAAAGAAGAAGGCUAAACCAAGCCUUAUAAGGUGGAUUCUAUUGCUACAAGAGUUCAACCUAACAAUCAAAGACAAAAGAGGGAGUGACAACAUUGUAGUAGACUAUUUAAGUAGGUUAAUAAACCAAGAAGAUGCUCUUCCAUUGAAAGAUGAUUUUCCAAAUGAACAAUUACUUGCGAUCACAUCCUCGAGACCAUGGUAUGCAGAUAUAGUAAAUUACAUAGAGGCCAAGAGAACCCCACCUAACAUGUCGUGUGUUAUCAAGGACAAACUGAAGAAGAUCGCCAAGCAAUACGUGUGGGAUGAUCCAUAUCUUUGGAAAUAUUGCCCCAACCAAAUCAUAAGAAGGUGUCUACGCUCAGUGGAAAUUAAGAGCAUGAAGACCGGGAAAGACUUCAAGGUCAAUGGCCAUAUUCUAAAGCCAUACUACGAGCCAUUCAUGGAACAAUUGGAUGAAGUAUCUCUCCAUGAAUCAAUAGACAUGGACAGUUAA